AUGGAUAACCAGCUGCUGUCGUGCGCCAUCUGCGGCAGCCAAGUCCGGCCGCCAAUCUCGCUGGACAACGGAGGGUCGUUAGAUCGCAAGCUGGAAUGGCAGACGCACGCCGUUGUCCUCAGCGACCCAGCAAAAGAGUUCGAGACGCUCGAACAGCACUACAGAGCUGGCAAAAAGAAAGAUGCAGAGCAGCUCGUCCUCGAAGUCGGUGACGAGAUCCGCAGAGACCGCGCGACCGUGACCUGGUCUAACACCUGCGUCUUGGCGGAAAGCGGCGACGAAUACGCCCCCAACUGGCUGGCUGGCUUUGAUGAGAAUAAUAUUGCUUAUGAAACCCCAUACAGCAUUGUGGCACAUGAGGUUUGCGUGGAUAUUGCACUCAGGGUGAUGCGCAUGUCUCUCAGCGACAUUCAUGUUCGGUCGCUGCGCACCUUGUGGAAGGUCCUGCGUACCAGGUUCGACGCCCGCGACAAUGAAUAUAUGGGCUCGGUAGCAGAAGCAGGGCCGCAACACGUUGUCAUGAAACACUGUUACUAUUUGCCUUCUGCUUUUUCUGAUAAUGCGUUUGGCUCAGACUGGGACACCGCUGAUCCCUCCGACAAUAUACCACAUAUUGCUUCACUGAUCAUUUCAAAUAUAGACCAGGUAGAGCCUGAGUCGGUAAAUACUCUUGUGGCACAAUUCCGUCAGCGUUUCCUAGGUCUUCCUCCUGAGCUUCGUGAUCGAGUGAUUUCACUCAUGGGAUCAUCCAAUGGAUUGUCUACCAGUUGCACACACUUGCUCCCGCAGCACAUCUGGAGAGAUAUCCUACUUGGCGGAAGAUACUUGCCUUUCUUGAAGGGUUUAGAAUGUGGCGACAUUGAUAAGAAAUGCCAAGAUGCAGCACAAGAAGGUAUGGAGCUCAACUGGGAGCUGCUGGUGCGAAGACUGAGCCGACCUGUGGUGAUCCUCUGCCCCACGGGUGUCUUGUCUCCCCACUUUGAUGUGCUCUGCUACCACAAUAUGACUCUUCCGGAUGGCCUGCGAAACCGACGAAGGAUCUGGCAGUUGGUGGAAGAGAUGUUCGUGGGUGAUGUGCGGCCAGCUCGGAGGAGCUGGAUUAACUCCACGCAUGUGCCCUCGAUGCCAAGAUAUUGGGAUGAAUACGGCGAGCCGGUGUAUCCUGUGGAGAGGAUAGCUGCCAUUCCCGAGAUUUAA